AUGAUUAUUGUGAUACUCAAGACAAGCCAUAUUGAUGAAGUUACGCCAUUAACUGAAAGUGAAGGUAAACAUAUAUCAAAACAGUUGCAGGAUAUAUGGAACUUCUCAAGCUGUCUUGGAUCUUUAGAUGGGAAGCUUGUGGAAUUCCGACCACAGAGACGUAUGACAUCAUGCUACCAUUAUUAUGAAGGAGGCUAUAAUGGAAGGGUCUGUGAUGGUGGAGUGUUCCAGAAGAGUGUGUUCUGUGAAUUUCUUACUGGUGCUGAAUAUUUAAUGAACAUACCUCCACCAGCAAUAUCCAGAACUCAGACUGCAGUGCCAUACAUUAUUGUAGCUGAUGGUGCUUCCCGUUAUCAAAGCAGUGAAUGA